AGCCUUACAAAUUGUUCAUCAGUUCCUUGUCAUACAAACAAAAUCUCCAUCUCGUCCGAGACCAGCUAGAAAAAAUCAAAGCAAACAAUACGAUCGAAAAAUACGACUUCACGGGUGACUGUAAUCUCGAACAGUUAAUGAAAACUUGUAAACAACUAGGAGCUUUGCAUAAGCCAAAUGAAUCUGGUGUUGCACUUAGAGAAGAAUCAGUAAAAGCAAACAAAGCAACACCAGUGACAAAGGCUCUAUGUUCACCAAAAGCUCAAUCGUUGCUGGAUAGACAACUUCUUUGCAAAAACCUAAUUAUUGACGGAGACUUUAUCAGUUAUGAUGAAAAAGCAAAAGGCGACCUUGGUUUAUUUAUUGACAAAAAUACCUUGAAAUUUGAUAGAAGGAACAGUUUUGAAAUCGAGGUUAUGAGCAUUGGUAGAGACGGAGAUAUUGCUAUCGGUAUGGUACCGGAUAACUAUAAAAAUAAUCUUCUACCUGGAAUAGGAAUAGCUUCCUCUGGAUACCAUUCAGACGGCAA